AUGAAUCUUUUUUUAGUUAACCUUAUAAGAUUAUAUGGUAAAAAAUGUAACAAUCAUGAUCCGAAUGAUAUUGAAUGGUCAUUUUCUUCUGAUGAAGAUUAUUACCCCCCAUUACUCGAACAGCUUUAUCCGUCAUCUGUCUCAUCGGCAAGUGAUAGAGCUGAUUUCCAACGAGUCACAAUUGGUCGUUUGGAUUACUUUUGUGAGAAAUAUUUACAUCUCAAUGGUGUAACAGCUGUGCGUCAAUUUCAGUAUCAAGCUCAAAUUGAGCUUUCUAUGCACCAAGAGCAUUUAUACGAAUUUUUACGUUUUAUUCGGCAUUCACCAACACUUUUCAACUCGAUCCAGGAAAUUGGACAAAAGUUCGUGGCAGAAGAUGACAUGGUGCAAAUUAAAGAAUUGGUAAAAGAAUUGAUCAAAAUCCGAAGAAAUUCAAAUUUCGUAAGUAUUACUUUUUUCUUUAAUCAAAAUCUAUGUAUUUUUCUUUUUUCCAGGUUAAUGUCGGUUAUGAAUCCAAAUGAUCCUGAUGAAAUACUAUUUGGUGCAUUUUUUCUGGUUAAAUAGAUUAUUUUCUGACACAUGUAUGAAAACUUUUUUAAAUAAAAAUGAUGGUCUUGUCUGAUAGUUGAACUCAUCUAUUGAUAAUUGAUUUCAUGAUGCAAUAAAGUAUAGCCCGUCCAAAAAGUCCGUGCGUGUGACUGUUUUUUGAAUAACUCGAGAACGCAAACAGCUAGAGACCUGUAGCUUUCACCAAUCGAAAGAGGAGGAGUUAGGGCGUCUUUUUCUC